AUGAGUUUGUCACUAACAGUGAAUGUUCGUUCAUUCGCUGCCAACCCUCCCUUCCCCCUUCUGGUCAAGAAGCACUCUCCCACCAGUGAAUUUAUCUCUAUACUAGACGUUAAAAAAGUUCAGAUUUUUUUUUGUUUCAUUUUUGCGAUAAUCCCACCAUUUGAUUCUCAACGUGAGCUCACGUGAUUAAGCAUCCGCGGGUGGGCGUUCCAUUCCUAAUAUAAAGGAGCAAAUCCCACGCCAGCAAUAUGCGCGUGAGAGAGUCAACAUGAUCAACCUAUUCGCGUUCCUAGUGGAGAAACUUUCCCUCCUCUGCAAAGUCCGAGUGCUGUUUUUGGGCUCGGCGCAUGCGCGCGAGCGUCCCGCCGCGCCUCCUCCGCCGCCGCUCCUCCGCCGGGGCGAUCUCCUGGAGGUACCCCGCACGCUCUUCACCCACUUCGGCGUGUACCUGGGCGACGGGCGGGUGGCGCACCUGAUCCCGGACAUUCUCCCGGCCCUCACCGCCGACCGGCGGCGUCUGGCCUCGGCGGUGAGCAACGCCCGGCUGAUCGCCGGGUGUCUGUGCCGGCGCGCCUCGGUGCGCGUGGACACCCUGGAGGACUUUGCCUACGGCUCCCGCAUCCUGGUCGAUCGCGGAGGCGAGGAAGCCGGGGAGGUAGCGGCGCGCCGGGCGGAGCUUUCGCUCGGCGGCUUCCCUUACAGUCUGCUGUGGAACAACUGCGAGCACUUUGUCACCCGCUGCAGAUAUGGACGCGGUGUCAGCCGACAGACCGAACGGUUUUGCGAGAACGUAAAACGUCUGAUCCGAGAUCAACGCAGUGUCUUGGUGACGGCCAUCAUAGGAAUCUUCUCCGUGCUCUUUUGCGGCCCGGUCGCCUCAACUACAUUACCCACAAUUCUCAUCCCUUUCACGCUGUGGAUGGCCGGUUAGUGCAUACCACUGGACCAAAAAGAAGCAUGUAAAAAUGUGUACAUAAUAAAAAUGUUAUUUUACCAAGCUUGACCGGAGUGUGAUCUUCCUUGAUGCAAGAAUUUACAUUUAACUCUUUCUCUACCAUUGACUUGGGGCAUUCUAGAGGCAUUUCCUGCAGAUUUUGGAUCAUUUCAUGUUGAUUUUCAGGGCAAUUCUGGGU